AUGGACCUGUCCCGGGCCGCUUCCUCUCCCGUCGGUGCGGGAUUCUUCUUUGUUCAGAAGAAAGAUGGCUCCCUACGCCCGUGCAUCGACUACAGGGAGCUGAACAACAUCACGGUGAGGAACAAGUAUCCUCUGCCCCUGAUGGACUCCGCGUUCCACCCACUUCACGAGGCCACCAUCUUCACCAAGUUGGAUCUCCGCAACGCUUACCACCUGGUCCGUAUCCGCGAGGGCGAUGAAUGGAAGACCGCCUUCAACACCUCUCUCGGACACUUCGAAUACCUGGUCAUGCCAUUCGGCCUCACCAAUGCUCCUGCUGUGUUCCAGGCCCUGGUGAAUGAUGUUCUUCGGGACUUGUUGGGUCGCCAUGUGUUCGUCUACCUGGAUGACAUCUUAAUCUACUCCACCAAUGCCAAGGAUCAUGAAUACCACGUCAGGCAAGUCCUACAGAGACUCCUGGAGAGUUUUGUUGAUGCUGACACAAAAAAACAGCUUAUUCUAAAAACUGAAUAUGUUUACCCAUGGGACAAGUCCAGCCUCAAGUCAAUGGACAUAGAUUUGGGUAAAUUGAAAAAACUUGACACCUAUUCAAGUAAGGUGAGACCCAGGGACACGGUGGAGGCCCUGGUGCAGGAGCUGCUGAAGGGAGCCAGCAGUGACCUGGAGAAACUGAGGGCUAUCUGGACGUGGGUCACACACCACAUCGAGUACGAUGUGGAAGCGCUGCGUAACCCCGGCCUCAGAAUGAGCAACGCUGCUGAUGUCUUAAAGACAGGGAAGGGAGUGUGUGCAGGCUAUGCUGGCCUGUUUCAGGAAAUGUGCAGAGGUGCAGGCAUUCAGUGUGAGACGGUGUCCGGGUACGCCAAGGGUUUGGGGUACAAGUUGGGUAAACACUUCAGUGGAGACACUAACCACGCGUGGAACGCCGUCAGACUGGGAGGAAGCUGGCACCUCCUGGACAGCACGUGGGGAGCAGGGACUGUCAGAGAAAAAUUCACAUUUCGAUACAAUGAGUUCUACUUCCUGACUCAUCCCGCUCUCUUUGUGGGAAACCAUUUCCCGGAGGAUGCCAAAUGGCAGAUGCUGGCACCUCAGCUUUCCCUGAAACAGUAUGAGAACAUGAGUCAUAAGGAGAGUGCAUUUUAUAAUUUAGGCCUUCUCUCUGCAGAACCAACAGAAUCUCCCAUAAUGUCAGAUGGAAAGACAACCAUAACAGUCCAGAGUUCUUCACCUAUGCUCUUUUUGCAUGACUUGAAUGGGAAACGUAACUGCGGGAUAAUGACACUCAGGUCGUAUGGAAUGAAUCUGGAUGUCUACCCCGAAAGCACCGGACUGCACACCUUACAAAUCUAUGCGAAGGCUGGCGAUUCGGGAGAAAAGGAGAAGUACAGCCUGGUGUGCAGCUACCAGCUGCAGUGCCAAGCCGUCUCCAGGGAGAUGAGGCUUCCAGCGCACCUGGAUAACCCCGUGGGGCCCGGCUGGCACUCGGAGAGGAAAGGGCUCCACGAGCCCUCGCAGCGAGAUCCCGUGGUCCUCUCGGCGGACGGCCGCUGCUUGUUCAGGUUCCGCGUGGCGCCGGGCCUGGAGCUCAUGGCCAUGCUGUCCGCGGCCAGCUUCUCCAUGACGGACGAGCAGCAGCGGCGGCACGUCUUCCUGUCCCGGCGAGAGGACUGGGUGGACUUCAAAGUGCAGGUGCCGAGGGCGGGCCUGUACGUGUUCAAAGUGUACGCCAAGGACCGGGCGGAGGCGGAGAAUUAUGGCUACGUCUGCAACUACCUCAUCUCCUGCGCCGACCCUCAGGUGCGCUGGCCCGUGUACCCGCUGAGGUACGCCUCCUGGGAGAGCGAAUACGAGCUGGUGGAGCCGCUCACCGGCGUGCUCCCGGCCAAUCGCACGGUCCAGUUUAAGAUGAGGAUCCCCCGCGUGUCGCUGGUGAAGGUGGUAGGCAGGAACACGCAUGGCCUACGCCUGGAUGCAGACGGGUACUGGACCGGCAGCUUCAACACGGCGGGGUGCAAAGACGUUAAAGUUAUGAUAGAACUCAAUUCUAAUAAGAGAAUACUUUUCUCUAUUCUGAAUUACCAAGUGGAGACCCAGUAG